UUACUUUUAUUAGUUACAUUUAAACUUUGACACGUUUAGGCAGUACGUAUUCUACUGAGAUGACUUUGAAGUGCAGAAAUCUGACGAGGUAUUAAAUGAUGGAGAGCCUAUGGCUGAAUGCCAUUGCUCUCAAUAGAGACGAUGUAGGCGAUGUAUGACAGCAAAUGUAUGACUGCGUGUGAUAGAGACAUCUUCGCCAUUUAGAUUGGGUCUCGUGGAAUAAACCACGGGCAUCUUUGAGUAUCAUCGCCCAUGCUCCAUUCCUCCCCUCCACAUUUUACCGCAAUGCAUCAGACGCAGCCUCACUCUGAGCUCAACGCCACCGGAGCGUCGGGCGCGACGUUUGUCUCAGCUACUGGGAAACAAGUGCGCAUUUACGGAGGCGUUUUACAUUUGGCUUUGCAUUUCUGUUGGUAGGGUCAGGGCACGAUGACAGUCUGUCUCAUCAUGCUAUUUCGGCUUAGAGACGUAGAUUAGCCUAAAUAUUUGGCUAUAGAUUUUUUUUUUUUGCUUUGCUGGAUGGCUGUGAUGUCAGAUGAAUAAAACCUGAGUAACCACUCAAAAGAGGAAUUUUCACCGGAAACGAGGUGAAGAAUUUGUGAAGAGAGAAAAUUGGGGAAAACAAGAGGAAUACAUUUGUGAAGGGCAGCGACAGGACAGUAAUGUGAGCCUCUGAAUUGCUGGUGGACCAUAUCUGAAAUAACCUAGUAUACAUAACCGUCUCUGUAGCCACGCACUUAGAUUCUUAAAUUAAUUAUAAGUGACUACAUAGCCUGCGUUGGAUGUGCUACUACUCAGUACUCAAGUGUAGUCUAUUUACCUGAUUAAAACGUUACCGUAAUUAAAAUGGUGAUACCAGAUGAUGAGGAAAUUAUAUUAUAUUUAGCUGAAGGGAAAAUUGUAUAUCCGAUGUAUUCGUGUGGGCCACUUCGUUUUAUUUCUGCCGUGGCGGUAGGCCCAGUGCAUCUCUGAAGUUAAAAAUAAAUUAAAUGUAAUAAGAGAACCUACGGCCUACAUAAAGUAAACUCAGGGAAUUAGAUUAUUUUCAGGGUAAACAUUCGGAAAUAUUUGGACACAUUUCGGGGUUAAACGAACGUGCAAUUGAUGUCGUUGAAACUGAUGAGUAGACAGUUUUUUUAUUUGAUAAAACUGUGAAAUGAAUUACUACAAAAAAUAACAUAAGCAAUACAGAUAUCAAUGUUGAUGUUAACAUUGAAUCUAUUGUUUUAGCAGUUGAAACAAAUGAGCCAAAUAUAAGAAGCACUUUUACCUUUGUAAGGUAGGCCUUCGUUUAAUUUUGCACUUAUUUCAAUUCUAAGCUGCUAGUCUUGUUUCCUGUCAAAUGUAAUUGAUAGCUUGGCAUGAUCUGAGAUUUUAAAAGCAGAUAAUUUUAAGUUUUACAUUAUAAUUUCACAGAACUCAGACAGUCUUCCUGGAGAGAGUAGUGUGUCGGUAUUGUUAUUGUUUAUGGCCUGUUUGUUGAGGGCCACAGCAGGCACAACUCAGUAUAAGUAUAGGUAUAGGUUCAAUCCAGUAGGUGACCAUCAUUAUCAGCUUUCUUUUUGCUCUUUUUGAAAAGACCCUGCUGAGAGCGGCUUUAUUACGAAUAUAAAGCACACCUUUGAGAAUUGUUUCACAUCACUGCAACUAAAAUGGCCUCCUAGUAUGUAGGGGCCAGACAUUUACAUGAACUGAAGAUUUUCAGGUUCAACACAAGAAGUGACAAAAGCAAGAAGGUCUAAGUCCUCUUCACAGAGGAGUUAAUCACAUGUGCCGUAAACUGGACGGGUACCAAGUGAAAAUGACUCCGGUGCGUGUUUUCCUCGUGGCCUUGUUUUGUACAAUGUAUGUUUCCUUGGUCGGAGGAGCCUGUGCUGAGGUGGACUCUGACACAGAGGCGGUGGCCGGCCAGGCCUUCAAGCUGGGAUGCAUCUCCUGCAAGAUGAGGGGGGAGGUGCCGUCCGAAGCAACCAUAGACUGGUUCUUCAAGUCCAAAGGAGAAUCAGAAUUUGUUCCCAUAUAUAAUUACGACGGCCAGACCUCGAUGAUUAAAGAUGACCGCUUUGAAGAUCGCUUGGAGUGGUUCGGGAGCCAAAACACUAUAGAUAUCCAGGAUGCAUCCAUCUACAUCACCAACGUCACCUUCAACGACAGCGGAGUCUACCGCUGCCUGUUCAACCGAAUCCUGAACUAUGACCACUAUGAAUAUGACACAGAGGUCAACAAGUUCGUCCAGCUCACUGUGGUGGCCAAAGCAACCCGAAGUACAGCCUCCAUCGUGUCAGAGGUCAUGAUGUAUGUGUCCAUCAUCGGGCUACAGGUCUGGCUAGCGGUGGAGAUGGUAUACUGCUACAAGAAGAUCAUGGCGCACGGAGAGGAGGCGUUACGGGCGAGCGCGGAAGAGUAUGUAGCAAUAGCUUCUGAAAGCAAAGACAACUGUGCUGGAGUGCAAGUAGCAGAAUAACACAGGUCUUUCUCAACACCAUUCUGGUCAUCUCCUCAUCAACUGGAUUUCUAUCAACUUGUUACCUGUGCAUGGAAACAUUGUGAAGAUGCAUCCUGUUCCUCUGAUUUUGACUACUUUUGUCUUUUGAGUUACAGCAUCCAAAAGAAGGAAUUUGCAUGAUUGCAAUGAACCAUUAGCAUGUGCAACAUUAUAUACAGUUGGUUAACAGCCAUACUUAAUGUGAAACGGAAACAUGAAUCACAAACAAUGUUGCUAUAAAAAUAUGUCAUCAAAUUGCACUUAGUGCAAUAUCUCGCUUUGAUGGCAAAGUAAUAUGUUGUAUUAUUUCCAUCCAAAAGGUGGGAGUCAGUAUAAGAAGUUGCACCAAAAUCCAUCCCUAUGCUUUGAAUGUCAUUGAAAAACAAAUUAGCCUCUCUGAGCCUAUGAAACUUGGACUAAUACCAUGCCAUUGUCAGCACAUUAUCAAAAUUACGCACAUGAUCACAGUAUUAUGUAAAUGCACAACAAAGUCACUUAACUAAGUUUUACUAUGGUGACACAAUUGUAAAUUCAAUCACUCCUUGACAGCAUUUUUUGAACUAAUGACAUAUACAGUUACAAUGUGAAAUGAAUGACAUAAAGGGAAGACUGAAUAGCGAAUAAUCAGUGUUUUCAGUAUGACAUGUACAUGACAUGUAUGUUAUCCAAUGUUCUUUUUGUAAUGUGUACUGUAAUUAGAAUAUGCAAUCUAUAUUGUUGGAUAUCAUUAAAUAAUACUUGUUGUUGUUUAGGCACUUUUGCACUGAUAUCCCAGCAAUACUGUGUAUGCAUGGCCCAAGGGCAAUAAUGGAAGUAUACCACACAAAUUAAUAAUGGACAUUUUGUCCAAAAACAUGUAAAGAAAAAAAAAUAAACCUAUGCCUGCCAAAUGUAAUCAGUCAGGUUGUAUGAAUUAUAUAGUACAGGAAAUUGAAAACUUGAUCAAGAGACAUUUUACAGAGAUGAGUUAAUGAGAUCUUAGCUGUCAUAUAAGCAAAUUAAAAGAAAUCUAACUUCCCUAA